AAAUUUCUUAUUCUUUCCGUCAGGGGUUCGUCAUGAAUCUGCAGCCAUCUGAAGCUGAAGCAGGUUUUGAUAUUCGAGUCCCGCCAAUUGCUGAUGAGAAAUCAUUGGAGAAACGGAUUGAAGAGGAAUGGGCACCUUCUUCACGCAACAUGACAUUUGAGUUUAAGCAGAAGGGUUCCACCUUAAAUAAGUUUGGGAAGCCACUCCUUACUGCUACAGAUGACUCUAAUCCAUGGUGGACAAUCUUAGAAGGGGCAGUAAAGAAAGCUAAUGGCAAACUUGGUAAACCAGAAGUUUUUCCAGCCGCUACAGAUGCUCGAUACUUCCGCCAUCGAGGAUUGCCAGCAAUUGGAUUUUCUCCCAUGGCAAACACUCCUAUUCUGCUUCAUGACCAUAAUGAGUUCCUAAAUCAAGCAGAGUACUUGAAAGGAAUUGAAAUAUAUGAGUCGAUCAUCAAAGGAUACACAUCUUACACUGAGCACACAGGGAAUGUUGUGUCCAGGGACGAAUUGUAAGAGUGGCAUGGCUCUGUGAUGAACUUGUCAUAGCUUCAUUAUAAUGCAGAGGGGAUAAAGGAUAGAUCUCACUUGGUAGCUGUGGCAGAGAGAAAUGUAUUAAUGGAAGUCACUCCUAUUGCCGUGUGCAUUGAUGUGAAUUAUAAGAUGUAUUCCACUGGUUAACCAUUAGUUCUGAACUUCUGAUCUUUCGAUAAGGAAUAAGUAUACUGGUAGUGGUCCAGUCCCUCUGUGCUGCCUAUGGCAUUGGCCUCCCCAAAGUGCAUCAUUAACUUCGAGGUUAUGCUUAAUUGAUUUAUGUGUCUA